AGAAUUGCCACGAUCCAAAUGUGCACUACUGCAAAGUACCGAUCGAGUUUCUACUACAAAUUCGCGUGCACGCAGCUAGCUCUGGUGAUCGAUCAGCAAUGGCGGUCGGCGGCGUCAGCGUCUCGGAGAGUCAGGACCGGAGCUAUGGGGGCGGCGGGAGGGUCACGGCCUUCGUCGUGCUGUCGUGCAUCACCGCGGGCAUGGGCGGCGCCAUCUUCGGCUACGACAUCGGGAUCGCGGGCGGGGUGUCGUCGAUGGAGCCGUUCCUCCGCAAGUUCUUCCCGGAGGUAUACCGUCGGAUGAAGGGCGACUCCCAUGUCAGCAACUACUGCAAGUUCGACAGCCAGCUGCUCACCGCCUUCACCUCCUCGCUCUACGUCGCCGGCCUGCUCACGACCUUCCUCGCGUCCCGCGUCACUUCGCGCCGCGGCCGCCGCCCGUCCAUGCUCCUCGGCGGCGCCGCCUUCCUUGCCGGAGCGGCCAUCGGCGGCGCGGCCGUGAACAUCUACAUGGUCAUCCUCGGCCGGGUGCUCCUCGGCGUCGGCCUCGGCUUCGCGAACACGGCCGUCCCGCUGUACCUCUCGGAGAUGGCGCCGUCGCGGCACCGCGGCGCGUUCAGCAACGGCUUCCAGUUCAGCGUCGGGAUCGGUGCGCUCGCGGCCAACGUGAUCAACUUCGGCACGGAGAAGAUCAAGGGGGGCUGGGGGUGGCGCGUCUCGCUGGCACUGGCCGCCGUGCCAGCGGGGCUCCUGUUCGUCGGCGCGGUGUUCCUCCCGGAGACGCCCAACAGCCUCGUGCAGCAAGGCAAAGACCGCCAGGACGUGGCGCUGCUGCUCCGGAAGAUUCGCGGUACUGACGACGUCGACCGCGAGCUGGAUGACAUCGUCGCCGCCUCUGACAGCGCCUCGGCGGCGGGCGGAGGCCUGCAGAUGCUCCUCACUCAGCGGCGGUACCGGCCGCAGCUGCUGAUGUCCGUGGCGAUACCCUUCUUCCAGCAGGUAACCGGGAUCAACGCGAUCGCCUUCUACGCGCCCGUGCUUCUUCGCACGAUCGGCAUGGGCGAGAGCGCGUCCCUGUUGUCCUCCGUGGUCACGGGCGUGGUCGGCGCGGCCGCCACGCUGCUCUCCAUGUUCCUGGUCGACCGCUUCGGCCGCCGCACGCUCUUCCUCGCCGGCGGCACCCAGAUGCUGGCGUCGCAGGUGCUGAUCGGCAGCAUCCUGGCCGCGAAACUGGGCGACGACGGCGGCGUGAGCAAGGCGUGGGCCGGGGCUCUCAUUUUUUUGAUCGCCGUGUACGUGGCCGGGUUCGGGUGGUCGUGGGGGCCGCUGGGGUGGCUGGUGCCGAGCGAGAUCUUCCCGCUGGAGGUGCGGUCGGCGGGGCAAGGGGUGACGGUGGCGACGAGCUUCGUGUUCACCGUGUUCGUGGCGCAGGCAUUCCUGGCCAUGCUGUGCCACAUGAGGGCCGGGAUAUUCUUCUUCUUCGCGGCGUGGCUGGCCGCCAUGACGGCGUUCGUGUACCUCCUCCUGCCGGAGACGAAGGGGGUGCCCAUCGAGCAGGUGGAGAAGGUGUGGCGCGAGCACUGGUUCUGGAGGAGGGUCGUCUCCGAGGAGGAGGUGCCGGCGAGCGGGAAACUCUGAAGAAACAAACUUUGCGAUUGCACGAAUCGUAAUGGCGCUUGUAGCCAUCCAUUUAUGCCGUUACGCGGCUAUCCAUUAUCCGUUCCUCGCCGAAUUGAUGGUGUUAUGGUAAACUGGUAAGUUGAUGCUGAUCACAUGGUGGCAGCAAUCAACAUCAAUUAUAGUGAUUCGGAGCUGUCCGUUUGACAGACUGCAUCAAGACUGAAGAGCAAUGUAGUGCUGGUCGAGCUCGAGCAGGUGCUAUUAUUGAUCGAUCAUGUGCCGGAAAAUAUAUUGCGCAUCGACCGCAAGAUCAGUUCACGCUCUUGAGCAGAUACAUUAGUUGAACGCUAUCUAGAUAUUUAACGGAGUGCUCACGUAGAUUUUAAUAAGCAGCUCGCAUUGCACAUGUACAGAGUGAAAGUCAAGGUGACUUGAUACUUGAAUAAAAGCUUCAUUUCCAAAA